AUGUCAGUCUUUACACAUGUUGAUCCAGCGGUGGGUUCUGCAGCCGGUGCCAUACUAUUCACGACCCUUACACAAUAUUACCCAGCCAAAAGGUUAGAGCUGUGCUCUGAAAUAGUCUGCUGGGCUAUUCUUCCUUUUCUUUUCAAACGUUUCCCUUCAUCUGUUUCGCACCAUACAUUGCCCUUUGAACAAUCACAUGAGCCAAAGAAACAGGAUCAGCCAACAAAAUCGCACUGGCUUAUCCCUAUUGGAGUUGUGGCAGCUGCAUUUUAUAGAGCUGAGAGUAACACAAUUGGUUUCUAUCCUGCUCUGACGCCGCUGCUACUUGGAGUUCACCUAACCUUCCGAAACAAGACAACCUAUUCAGAACCUCAAAUACAACCUUCUAUUAUCAAUACAGUCUGGGGUUCUGUAUUAACAGCUAUCCCAGCGGUGAUAUCACUUUCGAACGGAGACCUCUUCGGAUCACUUGUUUCCAUUAUUUUAGUGGCAUCUCUGCUUGUUGUUUAUAGCGUUCUCACUCCCGGGACCAAAUUUGGUAUCUCAUCAUUAGACAUCGAAGCAUGUAUCGAAGACAUCUCAUUUCGAACAGCAUGUCUACUCGUAGUCUCCAUAGUCGCGCAAAUGCUCAUACUUGGGCCACCGACAAGUGACAUUGUCACGACACUACUAUCAGGGUCCUUCAAAGCUGCAGCGUGGUUCUUUACCAUACAAAGCGCGAAUCAAUCCUCUUGGGUUAUAGCUCCAGCCAUUGGAACAUUUGCUCUAGCGUGCACAAGAGAUCCCUCAUCUCAGAGUUCCCAGCUUCAAGCUAUUUCUCAUGUCUUUGUGUCGACUGUUUCCCUGGCUCAGGUCACACAAUUCCUACCCAAACAAGCCAAAGGGAAACCAAUACUAUGGCUAUUCUUAACGGCAUCUAUUUUUCCGUUCGUCUUCAAUGAAUACACGAUUUAUAAAACCCAAAAUGCAGCGGUCAACGCUUUCAGCGACGACCAACCGCACCCCGUCGAGAUUCUAGCUGGACAAGCAAUGGAAAAGUUUGAAGCCAUGGUGAGGAACCAGUCCAAGACUUAUGAAUCUGCAGCGACUGAGUAUAAACGCCGAUACCGCAUCGACCCUCCACCAGGCUUCAAAGGCUGGUUCCAAUUCGCCCGACACCAUCAAUCCCCGAUCAUCGACGAAUUUGACAUGAUGACUGACUCGAUAUUACCCUUCCUGAAAAUCAGUGGCAAAGAAGUCGCUGGGGCUAUGACUGAGUUAUACAAAACUCCAGAAAGCGAAGUCUGGCUCUGUGACUUCCAGGGCAAGACAUCUCAAAUGACGUGCAAGCACCCAAAUCGCGAGUAUGACAGACACUAUAGUUUUCUGUUCAAUAAGCUAUUAUACAAUUUUCCAGGUGUUCUUCCCAACGUCAGGCUUCUCAUCAAUCAUUAUGAUGAGCCCAGGAUCAUGAGUCAAUCACCGAGUGGCGAUACAGAAAAGCAGUUCAAGCUCACCGAUAUGUCGCAACGUCCAACCUGGGACAUUUUGACAAAAUUUUGCCCAGCUUCAGAAGCAAAGUCCGAGGGGAUUUCGAAAAACUUCGGGAUGUUCGGGCUGCCUUUUGUUGAAGAUCACCAAUCCGAGUCGGAUAUAUGCCAACAUCCUGAAUACCAAAGUCUGCAUGGAGCAUUUAUCAGUCCCAAAACGUUUUCCUUUAUUGAGGGUUUAGUACCAGUAUUAUCGACUGGCGCAUAUUCAACAAUGGGAGACAUCUUAAUCCCCAGCCCAGCCUACAUUGAGAAGGAAUUUGAAUAUGAUAAUGAUCGAGAUAUGCCCUGGUCCGAGAAGACGAACAAUCUGUACUGGAGAGGUUCAACAACUGGAGGUUACGCACAUGAUGGUCGGUGGAGAAAUUACCAACGGCAAAGAUUUGUAUCAAUGGCCCAGAAUCUGGGACAACGAAAACACUCAUACCUACGGAAGGAUGGAGAUUCGGUCAGCACCGUUAAAUCAGGAUUUUUAAACGGACGACUCUUCGACGUUGGCUUCACGAGAAUCUUCCAAUGCGACUGGAAGUUCUGCCGGGACCAAAGUACCUACUUUGACGUCAAGUCCUGGGCAAACAAGGACAAAGCCUUUGGCUCAAAGCUCGCAUUUGAUCUCGAUGGGAACGGUAUAAGUGGACGAUACUAUAAACUAUUGUCUUCAAAUUCACUCCCAUUGAAACAAGCUCUUUUACGAGAGUGGCAUGGCGAGAGGUUGAUGCCUUGGGUGCAUUAUAUCCCUGUCAGCCAGAGUCUUAAAGAGUUACCCGAACUGGUAACCUACUUAACCUCGACGGAGAGAGGGCAGAGUUUGGCCGAGGAUAUCGCAAACCGAGGCAAGGAGUGGAUAAGGAAAGCCGUGAGGGAGGUUGAUAUGGCGAUUUAUUUAUAUAGAUUAUUGCUGGAGCUUGCUAGGCUUCAGGAUCCAGAGCGCGAAGCUUUGUAG